GCAGUUUGGGCAGCCAGGGCGCGAGCAGCUCGUCCCCGACCGACGAAAGCGAUACACGAAGCCGCGGGCAGCCCCAGCUCGCGGCGCCAUGGCGGCCCUCAUGAUGUGCGGCAGCCCCACACCGGUAGGAGAGACAGACAACAAUGAAGCCACCGAGGCGCUGUGCCUCGAGGCGAGCGGCGACGGGACGCUGGACGACGUCCAGCAGCUCGUUUUGAGGAAUAAGGACCUGACGGGCCUGGCGUGCGCCUCGAAGCUCACGCAUUUAUCAGUUCUGUCGCUGUCGCAUAAUCGCCUGACCACGGUAGCGUCCUUGACACCGAUAAAAACGUUGGAGGUCCUCAACGUGAACUUCAAUCGACUGACAGACCUUGUCCAGUUAGCACAGUGCCCGAAGCUCCAGAAGAUCUAUGCCUCCAAUAACCUCAUAACUAAUGUGGACGGCCUCGCUUCAUUGAAACAACUGAAAACUUUAUGUUUGUUCGCCAACGACAUCGAAAGAUGCGAGUUGGUGCUUGAUGCGUUGUCGCGCUGUCCAUUGACAGAACUCGACCUAGAUGGCAACCCGCUCGCAAGGGAGGAGGGCUACCGGCACCACGCCGUCGCGCGCUUAUCACGCUUAGAAGCGUUGGAUGGUGAACCUGUGCAAGAUCUAGAUAGAGAAUUAGCGCGGGACUACCGGAAAGGAGGCGCCACGUCACGAGUAGCGACGUCUUUUGAUUGGAACUCGCUGCCCCGAGAGUCGCGGUUGUUCGGCGAGGCCUGCGAUGCUUUGAAUGACGAUAAGGUCGCCGUGGACUACCUCGCGGCGCAGGUGCUGCGGAACCCGCGGCGAGGCGUCGAGGGAGAACAUUUUACGGCAGAAAAGGCAAAAAGUUUCGUCGCUCGCUUGAAGCGCGAGGCGACGGCGCAUCGAGAGCCCAAGACCGUACAAGAUGUGGCGGACCCCUACGUCACGAUCCGGAAGCUCAUACAACUCGUCGAGUCCCUACAAGCCGAAUUGAAGACGAGGGACCCGUCCGACGAGUUGCUGAAGGAGAUGGAAUUACUCAGGGUGGAGAACGGCAACCUUUAUAUCGUGCAAGGAGAAUGCCAGGAGCUGCGGAAGAAGCGGUUCGACGUCGAGCGACUGGCCUCGGAGAAUAGGGAGUUAAGGGAGCGACUGAGCGACGCCGAGGCGCAGUUGCAGGCCCAUCACCUCGCGGAGAUCACUGGUACGCAUACGAGAUCACGGCCUAGGACAGCGGCGGAGGUCCUCGAGGAAUGUGAAGGGGAGAUGGAUUCCGAGCUUGAGGAAUUAUUUCGAAGGAACCAGACGAAUCUGACGCAUAUCAAACAGGAAAUCGCCGUGAUGAAAGGUGAGCAAAGCACCUCAUUGAUCGACGAGGCGCCUACCCCUGUUAAAGCGCCGCAAGAGCGGGACCCGGACGUUGACACUCCGGCUGUGAGAAGGCCAGUGCGUUCGACCGUGCCUCGGCCCGGCACGAGCGAGGGGCGGCGGCUCAAAUGUUCCGCGUCGUCUGUGGCGCGGCGGCCGAAGACGCCGUCCGUCGCCGAUAUUCUGAGAGGCGUUUCCGGUGAUAAUGAUGACGACGCGCCUCAGUGGUCCGACGCCAUCGACCGGCGGACGACGGCGACGGUCUCGCCCGAUAGGGUGGUCGCGACGAAGCACGCGUACCUGUUGGGCGACGGCGGCCCGUCGCCGUCGAAGAGCGGGUACGGCGACGGCUUCGAGGAGUCGAAGAUGACAGCUCUCUAAAAGUUU